CGUUUCCAAGCACGCGCAGUUCUGUUCCCUACUUACGCGCAUCAUCCUCGAAUGUUUGAAACGUUCUUCGUGGUAGUGAUUUUGAUCAGAACACGGUUUGCCGUGUGAUGCUUCAUUACUAUUUAUUACUACUAAUGCAAUCGCCAAGGAAUCAUAGUAUUGGAUAUUUAAAGUCUUGGGUUCACUGUUGUAUAAUCAGUUGAGUGUUGAUACUCAUCGGAGCAGGUUUAAGUAAAAACUGUCACGUUUUUUAGUAUUUACUUUCCCAUCUCGAACAUUUAAAGUCGCAUUAAAAUGACUCUUGGACUUGAAGAAUUGGGCACUUUCGCCUUUUGGAGAGCCGCCUUGGCGGAGUUAGUCGGAACAUUUUUCUUCGCAUUCUUAGGAUUGCUGUCAACGACGGCGUUCCCUGGUUUCGCUACUGGUGAUAUCGUAAGAAUUGGCCUAGCGUUCGGUCUUGCGAUCGCUACGAUGGUGCAUUGUACAGCUCAUAUUAGCGGUGGACAUUUGAACCCUGCCGUUACAAUUGGUUUUCUGUCAGUCUGUAAGAUACCACUUGCCCGUGCUAUUUUGUACGUAGUAAUGCAGUGUAUCGGCGCCAUCGCCGGCGCUGGUCUCGUCUACGCGUUUACACCAAGGGGUCUCAACGAUUUAGUCGGCCCGACGACGCCGUUCUCCAACAGUGAUAUGACAGUGGAUGGCUGGCAGGCGUUUAUGAUCGAACUGUUUUUGACCGCUCAGCUUGUAUUGACCGUGUUCGCAACCGUCGAUCCGAACCGCAAGGACCUUAAUGGAUCGGGCCCACUCGCCAUUGGACUGGCGGUUGCCCUUGGUCACUUCGCUGCUAUACCAUACACAGGCGCCAGUAUGAACCCUGCGAGAUCAUUUGGAUCAGCUGUUGUUGGAGGGGAAUGGACAGAUCACUGGGUCUACUGGAUUGGACCCAUACUCGGUGGUAUACUGGCAGCUAUUGUGUACAACUUCAUUCUCGACCCAACAUCGUCAAAAAAUCGUAUUCGUAACUGGUGUUCGCCCGUGUUGGAGAACGAACCUAACGGCGAUCUUAAGAUGAGUUCAAUCGAGCAGAACCAAAAUCAAGCAGGAGAGCCAUAGACAGGAGAACACCACGUUUGCAACCCAAUAGAUAUUAGGCCCCUAUAUCCGUAUAAUUUGUACAAUAUGUUUUUAUAUUAUGAAACUAUUUUCUAGAUAAUACCUUAAUUUCUGUUGAAUGUAUUUUAAAUGUUGUUAAGAUAUCGACGCCACUCUGCUGAGCACGCAUGCAAAGCCACAGGGUGUUUUAUAGCCACUCGUUUAUAUGUUGUGUAUUAUUACAUUAAAAAUGAAUUUUAAAAUACAAAAAUAAAGUAAAUAA